AUGGUGAUGUAUCUGUGUACGCCGCUUUUGGAAGCAGGUCUCGUGUCCGAGGUCAAGGUAGCCUGGCAGCGUCGGAUGGGCACUGAGCCGCGACCACAGCAGGCAACUGUGCGCCAGUCAGCUACUCGAGACCGAAGCGUAGCUGCACACCGCAACUCGAAACGCCGUCAAGGCGUGAGAAAUCCUGUUGACAGCUGGAGCCUAGAGGCAACGUGGCAGAAAGAGGUGAGGUUGGACCAGAACCUUUUGGGGCCGUGA